AAUAUAGAAUCAGCCGAUCUUUCACAACAACAUUCUGUUUGCAGAUCGCGAAGAAUUGAGUCGUCUUGUUAUUGUGUAAAUUUGGAAGUGCUGAUUUGUCGGGGAAGAGAAAGAGGUGUAGAUCCUGUUUAUUUGCUUAAUUACUAAAUUUUAUAUGAGCAAGUUUGUUAAUACGUCAGUUGUUUACAAAUAAUACGAUUUUAUAGAAAUGGAGGAUAAAGUGCAAUUCAAAGCUUAUACCUAUGGGAAAGAUCAAUCCAAACCAGAAGUUCGUAGGUUUGGGAUUGAAAAAAGUGUGGUGACAAGUUUCUGUUACCUAGAUGCUAAGCUUCAAGAUAUCUACCCCUCCUUGAAGCAUAAGCGUUUCACUGUAACUUGGAAAGAUGAGGAUGGGGAUGAUAUUACUAUUUCUUCUGAUGAUGAAAUGAUUACUGCAUUGUCAUCUAUGACUGACAAUGUCAUGAAAUUGAAUGUUUACUGCCAUGAGGAAGGGCCUCAGGAAAUUGAUUGUGAUGUGGUGAUAACUGCUACAACGGAGAAUGCUACUGGAGACAAAAAUGCAGCUCACUGUGGGGUUAUCUGCGAUGUUUGUGAUAUCCCAGUAGUAGGAUUCCGUUACAAGUGCACAACAUGCUCUGAUUAUGACCUCUGCUCCAAAUGCGAGGCGGCUGGCCAUCAUUCUGAGCACAUCAUGGUCCGUCUCCCAAUGCCGAACAUGCCACGAACAAUGAUUAAGGCAGCUAUAAGACGUUCCCGUCACAUUAUGAAGUCUGUUGGCAGUGCUACGGCAGACCUUGAACAUCUUUGCAAGAGGCCCAAACGUGAUAGGAGUAGUGACAAGAAACGUCAUCAUGGUCGAGGUGAACAUCAUCAUCGCCGUACUCAGUCAAGCUGGUUUGAUAUCUUUAGCACAUACAUGAAUGAGUUUGCUGAUCUCGCUGGCAAUGUUGGUCUUGACACCAACAAAGAUAAAGACAAAACUUCAAAGCCUGCUGAAUCGGGACGCCAAGAGCAACCUCAAACCAGUGACAAUGCUGCAACAUCCACAUCUAAACAAUCAGAUGCAACAGCUACUGAACCAGAGUGUCCCUUUGCUGCUAAUAUCAAUCAAGAGAAAAUUCAAAAGUUUCUGCAAAUGUUAUAUGGUGUCACCAAUGUCAACUCUGCAGCUCAACAGGCUCCUGAGCAGUCAAAUGUGGAUAAUGAAGGAGAUUCAGGAGCUUCUGGUCAGACAUCUGAAGCUGGUAAAGAGGAUGCAAAAUCUGAAGUAUCAUCAACUAAGGAUAUUAAUGAAGCUACUACUCGCAAAGAUGAGUCACCUGAAAGGGGUACAGAUGAAUGGACUGUGAUAAACAAGGAAAAAGAUCUGAUGGAUAUGGAUCCAAAGCCAAGUGCUCCAUUUGAACAAAAUGUGCCGAUUGGUUUCAAUUUGUCUCAAGAAUUCCAACAACAUGUUAAGAUUGGCGAGGGGCAAAGCUUGUACCCUCCUUUGCACACUGCUUCUGCUGAGCCAGAAGUGCUGACACCAUCGCAAGGGGCGGCUAAGCCAAAGGAGCCUGAAACUGUUACAAAGAACAUGCCAUCUAGCAGCCAACCCAAAACUGUGCCCCAGCAGCCCCAACCUCAAGGUGUCAAACCGAAAAUGCCUAAUAACAACCAGCUUCCAACUGGACAAAAGCAACCCCAACCUCCACAGAGUUCUCAUAUUAAGCCACAUAUUGAUGCUGCGAUAAGGCAAAUGCUGGCUAUGGGCUUCAACAAUGAAGGUGGCUGGCUCACUCAACUUCUGGAAAGCACAAAUGGCAACAUCGCCGCUGUUAUUGAACUGCUUACACCAGUUAUUCCAAAGUAGAUUCAUAUAAUACAUUUAUUCAUGCCUUUUCGUUAAUUUUGUGGUGAAUUGUCUAAUGUUAUAUUCAUAUUUAAUCAACAUAUAUCUUAUAGAAAUUUCAAUGUUAUUUUCAGAGCAUAAAUACAUUUUUUUGUAAGUUGAGGUGGUGGAAAUAUAUUUGGGGUUUAAUUAUUAUUAUAAUUUUUGUGAUAUUCGAACAAUUUAGUGGAACCGGAGUCUAUGUUAGCAACUCUAUUAAAUCUAGCUAACAUUAACAUUUUUUGUAGCCCUAGGGCUAGUCUUUUAUUAUAUUUAUCAUGUUUAAUUUAGACGAUGGAAAAUUUAUAAAUUUGACAUUAAUGAAUAUUUAAAAGUAAAUAAUCAAAUUUUCUAUAAAAUUAUUUGAUAGAAUGUGGCUUUGAUUUUGUCCAUAUAUCAUGAACAUCUUGAUCAAACUAAUUGAACAAAAAUUUAAUUAUUUACUUGACAUUUUAUUAAUAAAAAUAUCAAAAACUUACUAUUUCUUAAUACUAUGCAUAACUGUAUGGAUUCUAUAUCAAUAAAUAAAUUUAAAAGGUCAAA